UUAGUUAAUCUCUCGACAAUAAUGAAACACUUUCUUUCUCGGUAUGUAAUAUACUAUUCGUACUUUUCUGCCUAGGCGUUAAAAUGACUUUUUUAUAUUAUCAAUCACGUCGCAAAAAUUAAUACUUUCGUGACGUUUGAAAAAAAAUUCACGGCCUUUCAAUCAACCCUUUUUUCCCAAUUUUAAAUAUAAACUGAUUCUAAAUAUUAAAGCAUUUUGAAAUACCAGAAUUCGUAAUAUAAAUUCAAUUAAACGAAUUAAUAUUAAGUACUUUACUAACAAAAAACAUAACGGAUAUAUCAGUUACAGAGGAUGAUAAUUGCGCUUGUUACAAUUUGUUUCGGAUACAAAACAAUACCGAAAAAAUAAGCUCCCGACCUUUUCAAUCUCUUCAUUUGACAAAAAAAGUAUCAUCUAUUUAUUUGCCCAGACUAAUUGCUGCAACUAUAAAUAUGAAUCUAUUUACAAAUUAUCUACAAUAAAAAUUAUGAUCUUGAUCAGUCAGUUUUUUUAAAGAACAUCUUAGUCACAAUGGUUUAUAAAUCGAAACUAUAUCUCUGCCUGAUUUUCUUAAUGAGUUUGAGUUUGUUGAGGAAUUGUUUGGGCGACGAGAAAGAAACUAUAAAACUCGGAUUGAGGAACAACACAAACUACCGAUCCCAGAAUCGCUCUACGAGAAACGACGGGAAUGAAGACGAGAACAUCCUUAGAGUCGAGGCUAGAAAGUUCUUGAAACAAUGCGGCAGUAAAAGAAACGACUCUGAGAACGAAAAUAAUUACGAUAUAAACUUCAAUCAAGGUAAUGGUGGCUCUGUUUAUGACAGCAGAAAUAAUGACAGGAAUAGUAGAAAUUCUAACAGAUAUGGCAGAAGUCAGAAUUGGAAUUCCCAAUAUAAUCAAGGGUCUCAAAAUACCAACCGAUACAAGCAAGGAGAACGUUUCAAUCAACGUCAAAAUUUCAAUUACCCUGGUAUGACAACUCCAUAUGGAUCAUCCAAUCAGAACUACGGAGGAUAUCCUGAUUCCUCAAAUUACAACUCUCGGAGAAAUAAUUAUGGCGCUGGUAAUCCAUAUGCUCCACAAGGAAACUCUUUCAACUAUGAAGAGAGUCAAAAUAAUAAUCCUUACAAUGGAUACAAUGGAUACUCUUCCGGUUCCAAUAAUAAUCAGAGAACGUCACAAUGUGGUCCAAACAACAACGAUAGGAAUUAUGGAAGAAAUAAUAAUUAUAAUGGAAACAAUAAUGACGACGCCAACCGAAAUCCAUAUAACAUGUAUAAUAUGCAUCGCUUGAAGAGAUAUAACCAUUCUGAUUCUGAUGACAAAAAAGAUGAUGAUGAUGACGAUGAUGAGUGUGUUAGUCAAUGCAUAUUUGGGUACUUGCAGUUGUUAGAUGAGGACAGAACACCAUCGGAAUCGAUGGUUAUAAAAUGGCUUCAGGAUCAUAUUUCAGGCAGUGACAUAAACAGAAUCAAAGCAUUAAGAGACGCAAGAAGAUGCUUUGCUAGAUUAAUAACCACUGAUACAGAAGAUGGAUGCGAAUUUUCGACAGAAUUAGCAAAAUGUCUUGAAUUGCAUAUAGAAUAAUUUUUAUUUUUGUUAUUUUAGCGCUUAAUCGUAUUUUAGCACUAAUAAUAUUGUUUUAUGGUUAUAGCGGUACUAUUGUAAGUUUAUUAUAAAUAUGUUGAUAUUAAGCGUCUAUAAGUAUCUUCGUGUAAAACCAGUUAUAUACCGGGUGCUUCUCAAAAGUGGUUCAUCCCCUAUAACUUUUUAAUUUUUUUAGAUAAAAAAACGAAAUUUGAUAUGUUAGUAUAUGACAUAA